GCCUCAGGUAUAGGUACAAUUGAUAAGACCUCAUAAGUUAUAGGUACUUACCAACUAAAAGCACACGUUCGCAGUUUGUGUUUAUUUCCUACGUACAGUUUACGAUUUCGAUAUGCCACGAAUACAAAAUUGAAAUGCAAAAACCCAAAUGGAUCAUUUUUAUAGCAUUUCCAAUAUUUGUUGGAUUAACUUCAGCUUCGAUUGGAAAUUACCUACCAUUCAGUGGAUUGUAUCCAAUACCUGAGAAAACUCCAGAACCAGUUAAUAUCAUCUCCAAAUUCACGUACCCUUUACAUACUCCUGUGACAAUAACAUUUAAAGGGAAUCUUGGACGAGAACAAGUCUACUUGACAAAUACUGGAACCGUAAACAUAUCAUAUCUGUACCUACUCUCUCAAUAAAACUUUGCAGUCAAAAUAGAUUUAAAGUUUCUUAAUACCACUCAAGUGGUAUUCGGAGGACCUCUCUAUAAUAAGAGAUAUAUCUACACGGAGACCAAAUUUUACUGGACGAACGAUCUAAAAGGUGCAGCCUACACAACUGUAAAUGGCCGCAAUGGGGCUCCUUUGGAGGUGGCAAUGAUAUAUUACAAUGAAGAAUACGGAUCACAUUACAAUUCUCUAAAUUAUAGAGAUGGCAUCGUUGAAACUCUUGUCCGAAUAAAUGUUGGCUCAAAACACAACCCAGACUUCGAACCAUUCCUCAAGGCAAUGAAAACUGUCCAAAAACCUGGACCUCCUACUGAGAUAAAACUGUAUGACGCAUUCAAAUGGUAUUAUAAUGUUCCCCAAACAAUAGGAUAUUUUGUAUAUCCAGGAUCGCAAUUCAAUGAAACAAGUGGAGGAACAUUUUAUUGCAGCACUACAAUUGUAUUUGACAAAAGUAAACUUCAAUUCAUAUCUGAAAAACAGUUCAGGGAAGCAUUCUUGGAAUUACAAGAUAAAAAUGGGAAACAAUUGAUCAAUCAGAGGGAUCAAAAUCCUCAAGGGUUUCGACCAGUGGCACGAGCUCGAAAAAUAAAGAGAAUAGUCUCCAACAAAUUUUAUCCAUCCGUCAUUUAACCACUUUAUAUGUAAACCAGGAUUAUUAUACCUGGUGUCCUAUUUAAAAGGUGGAAUAAUUCGCCUGAUAACACAGCAACCCAAACUACUCAAGUUUAAAUGGGGUUGCCUAUCUUGAACAUUGAAGGGGCGAAGUUGCGAAUAAGCUACAGCAAUCAAAAUUCUGAGUCAGCUAUACAUUGAAGGUCUUAGUGUAGGUACUUACUUACUUCGAAUAUUUCCAUCAAUUGUUAUCCCCUUUCAACUUCAAAAUUGUAUUAAAAUUGAAAAAAAAAACUUUUAACUUGUUUUUCAAAGUUUAGAAACAUUGGGCAAAUAAAUUGAAACUAUUAGCAUUAGCAGACCCACGUAGAAAAAACUUACAGGGGGCAGUGGUAAUUCACUACUUAACAGUAGUGCUAAGUAGUAAUUCACACCACAUCAGUAGUGCUUUCAGUACUUGAUUCAUUACUGGACAGUAGUGUUGCACUGCAGGGUAGUGUGACUUCUGCAGUAAUUCACUACAGCUUAGUAGUAAAGUAGUAGUUUCUAACUACUACUCAAUAAUACUUCACCAUUCAAUACACCACUCAACAGUGGUGUUUACCUAUUCAGUAGUAGUGGUUCAGUAGUUAUUUACUACAGCUCAGUGGUAGAUUAGUAGUUUUUAACUAUACAUUGGUAAUAUUUCACCAUUCAAUGAACCACUCAACAAUGGUGUUCACCUACAGAGUAGUAUGGCUCAGUAGUUACUUACUACAACUCAGUAGAUGUGUUGUAGUUUUUUACUACACAUCAAUAAUUAUUUAUCACACAAUGCACCACUCAGCAGUCAUGUUUGCAGUUUGCCUACUGAACAAAUGGUCUAAUAUAGUUAUUUACUAGUAAACGUACACCUUACCAGUGAUGUCAUCAACCAAUUGCCCUGCUAACUAAAAAUACCCCAAUUAGGGUGGGAGAAGAGGAAAAAAAUUCAAAAGUUUUGAAGAAUGCUAUGCAGAUAUCAGAUUAUGUAUAUACGAUUUUGAACAUGAAGGAUUGCAGAUUCAAAUUUAGGGUCUAAUGAUCUUCAACAAAAAAUUCUGUGCCAUUGCAAAUCCAGAUUUUAAUACUGAUAUUGAAAAUUUUUUUUGAGAAGAUUUGCAAUUUUACACCUUUUUGAGGCUUAUUUUGGGUUUUGGAGUCACAUGAUCUUCAAACAUUAUUUCUGGGCAUUGAAAAUCCCAAUUUUGAUACCAAUAUUGUACUAUUUUUGUAUCUUUUUGGAAAAUUUUCAACUUUGUACCUCCCCUUUGAAGUCCAUUUUGGGAAGUUAGGAUCAAAUCGUUCUCAAAAAUGAAUUUUGUGUUCAAAUAUAUAAGAAAAUUUAAUUUUUGGUUUUGAAUCUCCGCUGUGGAUAUUGUUUUGGAGUUUACAAUCAAAUGAUUUUCAAAAAGUAAGUCUGAUCUACACCAUUGAAAAUCCAAAUUUUCAAUUCACACCAAUAUUGCACUUUUUUUGGAAAAUUUUCAUUUUUGUACCUCCCAAGUUUUGGAACCCAUUUUCGGGUUUGGUAUUGAAUGGUCUUCAAAAAUUGAUUCUGAGCCAUUGAAACCUCAAAUGUUGAUAUCAAUUACAUACUUUUUCAAUUUUUUUUUUAAAUUUUGGUUUUGUACCUCCCCUUUUGAAGCCCAUUUUGGGAUUUGGGGUAGAAUGGUCUUCAAAAAUGGAUUCUGUGCCAUUGAAAACUCAAAUUUUGAUAUCAAUAAUGUACUUCUUUAAAAAGUUUAAAAUUUUGUACCUCCCCCAUUGGUGCCCAUUUUGAGGUUCGAGGUCAAAUUGUCUUGAAAAAUGAAUUCUGAACCCAUAAAUUUGAGAUUUUGAUACCCAUAUAUAUUUUUUUUGAUAAUUUUUGGUUUUGUACUUUUGUAUACCUCCCCUUCUGGAGCCCAUUUUGGGGUUUGGGGUCAAAUGGUCUUUAAAAAUUGAUUCAGCGCCAUUAAAAUUUCAAAUUUUGACAUCAACAGCGCACUUCUUUAAAAAAUUUGCAAUUUUGUGCCUCCCCCCUCUCUGAAGCUCAUUUUGAGUUUGGGAUCAAAUAGUUUUCAAAAAUGAAUUCGACACUCUUGAGAACUUCACCAAUUAUUCAUAGUUUCAAGUUUUGACAUUCAAAUUCAUGAACUGUUGAAAUUGAGUGUUUGCAAACAAAUAUAUUCUUUGAAUGCCCUAUCCACUGUAGUGCACUAGUAGUCAGGUGGUUAGGGUUGUGUAGUCAGACAUCCGUAGGUCCCCGGUUCGAAUCCCCGCGAGGUAUAGGUGUAGGAAUUUUCUAAAAAUGUUAUAGGCAGGAAAAAUCAUACAUGACGUGAGCAUCACAUUGAUGAUAGGGAAAUUCAAAAUAAAGUUCCCCAACCCUAUUUUUUUGAUUUUUGAAAAUUAUUGCACCCCACUGAUACUGAUAGCAUGUAGUGAAACACUUCUGACACACACUUGGAAAUGAGUAGUGUUUCCUAGUAAGGAAUUGCCAGUAGUGAUUUACUACACACAUACUAGACAGUAGUGAAAUACCAUUGAUUUGCAUAUGUGGAUCAGUAGUGCUACUCUACUGAGAAAUCAGCAGUAAUUCAUCACUCAUAAUUUUGAGUAGGAGAAGUAAAUCACUAGUGGCAAUUCCUUACUAAGAAACACUGCUGAUUUUCCAAUAGACACCAGUGUACUUUUUCUACGUGGGGAAUUAUUUAAGGAGCAACACAACCUUGAAAAAUCAAUACUUUAUGCCAUAUAAAUUUGCUCCUUCAGUUUCUAGAGUCUGCAAACUAGUUUACAGCUGUGUAAUUAGGGUUCCUGUGUUACUAGGCGAAUUUCAGGCACUGGAAACUGAACACCCAGCAUACAUAAUUGAGUAAGUGGGCAUAAAUUAUUUCAUACAAUUUUUCAAAUAAAUGGAUUUUUGAAAGCUUUGUUCCAAAAGAGUGCUUUCCUCCAAAACAUAAGUGUACUUGAGUGACUCUCUGAAUUAUUGAAAUUUGCCAAUUAGUUGCGAAUAAUUGGACAAAGUUUUGUGAAAAUUGAGCUAAAAUAUGUAAAAACAGGUAAUAAGUUAUCAUAUGAGAAUAGGAAAGAUUGCACCCCCCCACAUCUGAGACAACUUUUUUCUAAAAGAGACAUCCUAACUCCUAAGGAAUAUUUUGAAGCCAGCUUGCCAAAAAAAAGUAAGCCUUACUAACAAAUAAUGGCAGCUAGCGAUUUUGAUUGGCAGGUCAACUGAAAUCUUCCUAACGUAGAACUCACACUAGAUUUUUUGAACUGGACAAAGCCAGAUUGAAAAGCUUACAAAAUUGCAAAAAUUUAUCAUCAGCCAACAUUUCAAGUGCUGAAGUGUUUUUUUUUUAUUAUUGGUGAAUUUAAAAAAAUCAAAUUUAGGUCAACAAUGAGGGAGAAAAAAAUCAAAACUUCACUAAAUUGACUUAAGGAAGCUGAAAUUUGGAAUUUACCCUAUUUUCAACCUGUCAAAUCGAUUGGAAUCGGUUUCAACCCGUUUUUAGCAGUUCUGGAGCCUCCAGCAGAUUUUUGAAACUUGAAAUUUUCGUCAAAUGGAGUUGGAAAUCCGAAAUUUACGCUGUACUCCAAUUUAAACACGUCAUUAAGUCGACUGCUGAUGGGUUUAGGGUCAUUUUGGAGCCUCCAACAACUUUUUGAAAAUUCUUGGAGCCUCCAGUAGAUUUUUGAAACUUCAUGGAGUUAUAAGGUCUGCAAACUGAUUCAAAUACGCUAUGAAGUCGACUACAGGUAGAUUUCAAGUCGUUUUGGAGAAGAUCACACCGAUAUUUUUCACGAAAUUGGUUUCUGUACGGUAAUAAAAUCAACAAAAAGCUCAAAGAAAGCUAGAACAUGGUUACUCGUAUCUCAUGCUAAUUACAGUGACGUAAACCAAAAAGAUGAUAAAAAAACUAGUAAGUUCAAAGUUGAGCAUAAUUAACACGAUAGUAUUGACAAGACAUACCAGAAAUCCAACUAACCUUCCUAUAAGGACAUGGCCCAUGACCGCCAGCUCAUUAUCUAAAUAAGAAGUGUACAAACAACGCGAAUGCGCAGAGCACCUUUCGCUUCAAAUUGUUCAAAUACUAUCGUGCUUCGCACUUGAUAAAAUGCGCCCGUUUGUAAUUUUUUUCAUUUUAGUGUUUAUAGCUAUUUCUGGAUCGACAAAAGCAUCAAUUGGGAGAUUCUUACCGUUCAGUGGAUUUUAUCCAAUUCCUCGCGAAACUCCAGAACCAAUUAAUGUCAACACGUUUUUGACGUAUCCACUUCUCACUUUUAAGCCAUUAACACUCAGUGGAAAUAAUGAACAUGAAGCAGCAUUUAUAAGAAACACUGGAUUUUCAGUACAAGUAUUCUUGAAAAACUCCUCCACAACAGUAACGGCAACAGGUGGACCACUUUAUGGUAACCUUUAUAGAUUCAGGAAAAUAAUUUUCUAUUGGGCGAAUAAUGCUAAUGGCACUGCUUAUACAACUGUAAAUGGAAAAAAUGGUUCUCCUUUGGAAGUGGCAGUUGUAUACGUCAAUUUGAAAUACGGUCCAUUGACGAAUGCGAUGAGAUAUCGAGAUGGUGUGUCAACAGUUCUCUUCAGAAUACAAAUUGGAUCAGAACCGAAUCCAAAAUUUGAUCAAAUUGCAGCAGCGAUGAAAAAAAUUCAAAAAGCCGGACCUCUAGUUCCUAUCAAACUUCACGAUGUCUUUAAAUUGUUCAACGAAUUUCCCACCAACACCAGAUAUUUUGCAUACCCGGGAUCAUUAGUAUCAGACGAGACAACGGGAGAGCAAUUCUAUUGCACCACUACAAUUCCAGUUGCUACUCAUCCGACUCAGUUUAUAUCAAAAAAACAGUUCGAUGACACAUUCUUAAAACUGUUGAAAUACGAUGGGACGCAAUUGAUUAAUCAAAAGCCACAAUAUCCUCGAGGACUGAGACCUGUAGCACGAAGCCGAGGCAUUGUUCAACCAUACUCAAACCUGACAGUGUACCAUGCAACCAGUACAGAUCCAGAAUGAGAAUGAGGAUCAGGGACAAUUUCUCAUAAUUUUACAUCAACCGUGAUUUUUUUUAAGUUCAUGUCAAUGUCAUCAGCCAAUAAAGGAAUGGCGAGGGUGA